AUGAGGGUGAACAGGGCACACAAGCAGUUAACCCUGGGCCAGGCAGAGCUGGCUGCUUACCUGGCUGGAGCAGUGCCUGGCAGAGGGAGGGCCGAGGGCACGGCUCGCACCUUGCCAGGGCAGGAAUCACUGCAAAAAUAUUUGCUGAAAAAAGGGCAGCUCCACCCCGAGGCAAACCAGAGCCGGGAGCGCAGCCGGCCGCGGGCUGGCAGAGGGAGCCAGGACGCCCACCCGCUCCCCGUGCAGCCGGGCGCUGCCCAGCACCUCUGCUCAGCACCGCCGGGCUCACCGAAGGUGCCAGGCAGGGACGGGUGGCUGGGCAAGGCAACGGGCGCUGGGGAUCCCGUCUGUGAAGGAAUCCUGGCACCGGAGGCUGGGGAGACUUUGCCACCCCCGCGGGCAGCCAUGGGCUGCUGGAGGGUCCCCAGCACGGUGCUGGUUUGCCUGCUCCUCCUGCGCCCACUGCCCUCGCCAGCCUGCCCCGCUGCCUGCCGCUGCGCCCUGGGGGAGGUGGACUGCAGCCGGCAGGGCCUCCGAGAGGUGCCCAAGAGCCUGCCGACCAACGCCAGCAGCCUGUGGCUUGGCUACAACUUCAUCAUGAUGCUGGGGCAGCACUCCUUCCCUCCUCUGCCGGAGCUGCUGCUGCUCAGCCUGCCCCACAACGGCCUGGAGAUGAUCCACAGCCUGGCACUGGUGGGGCUCAGGGCGCUGCAGGAGCUGGACCUCAGCAACAACCACCUAACCGUGCUGACCCCCGAGACCUUCCUGCCCCUCUCCAGCCUGACCAUGCUCAACCUGGGCAGCAACAGGCUGGAGGAGCUGCAGCCUGAGGUGCUGAGCGCCCUGCCCCAGCUCCAAGCCCUCCUCCUGCAGAACAACCCCUGGGCAUGCAGCUGCAGCAUCCUGCCCCUCUGGCUCUGGCUCAACCACAACAGGGAGAAAGUGCAAGACAAGCGUUCAGUCCUCUGCAGAGUGCCGGAGCACCUGGACAAGUAUCCCAUCAUGGCCUUGGGGAACGAGUCCUUCCGACGCUGCCGGGACACCUCGCUGUCCACCCAGCAGUACAUCAUCUUCCUGACCAUUGGACCCUUCUCCUUCAUGGUCAGCAUCGUCUUCUGCAUCUUCAUGGGCUCCAUCACCGUGGCCUACCACAACCUGUGCAGGGAACCCCCCCUCUGUUCAGGCAGCUGCAGCCACACGAGCUGGGGCUUCAGGGCUGCUGUGGGAGCUGCUGGCAAGCAUGAGCUGCAGCUCUUCGCCACUGCGGUGGCAGAGCAGGCACCAUGUGCCUCUUGGAGUCCUUUCCCCGUGCACGGAGCCAGCUGGUGGCAAUGCUGGGUCUGCAGCCAUCCUCUCUGUACAGUGAAAUCCGAACCAUGUCCCGGGGCACGAGCAUGGCAGCAGGCCUACGAAGGGAGGGAGAUAUACAAUGAAGUCACCAUGUAUGGAUGA